AUGGAUAAGUAUACAAGAAUAAAAAUGAUUGGGAAAGGGAAUUUUGGUGAUGUUUGGCUGGUUGAAGACAAUAAAGGAUAGGUAUAGGAUUGAGAAAACAAAAGAAAUUUGCCCUCAAGUUAAUCGAUUUGUAAUUUUAGAGUGUUGAUCCAACAAAUGAAGUUACUUUGCUAAAGGUUUUGAAACAUCCAAAUAUCAUAAAAUACUAUAGUUCAUUUGUGUAGAAUGAUUAAUUAUGCAUUUUAAUGGAGUUUGCAGAAAAUUGUAUUUCAAAAAAAUAUCUAAAAUGUAGAUGAUCUAUAAAUUUACACGAAGAGCAAUCCAUCAAACAUAUUAAAUUGGUUUACAUAAUUGUGUUAAGCAGUACAAUACUUACAUUCAAUGAAUAUUGUCCAUAAGGAUAUAAAAAUGAAAAAUGUGUUUUUGACUAAAGAUGGCAUAGUAUAAAUAUUAAUAGAUAUUUAGAUCAAAUUGGGAGACUUCAGUAUUUCUAAAAAGCUAGACGCAUCAUUGAAUCUCACAUAAUUAGGUAUUUUAUUUUGAAUAGAUUCUUAAGGUACUCCAUACUAUUUGUCACCUGAGAUUUGUGAAUCCAAACCCUAUAAUACAAAGAGUGAUAUUUGGGGAUUGGGAUGUCUUCUCUAUGAAUUAUGCACCAAAUAGAAACCAUUUCAAGGAGAGUCUCUACCUGAAGUCUUCAAAAAUAUAAUAACAAGUGAAACUCCAAAAUUACCAGAAGGAUUCCCAUAUUUAUAUCAGGAUAUAAUAAAUCAAUGUUUACAAAAGAAUCCUUAAGACAGACCAGAAAUCUCAUAAAUAUUAGAAAUAUAAGAAAUAAAGAAGGAAAGACUAAAGUUUCAACAGUUAUAUAAAUAACGAUUGAUAGGAAUGCUUAAAUAAAUAGAUAGUGCUUAAUCAGAUUCUCUUUAAUCUAAUAUAAAAUAAAUGCAUAAGCCAAUAUUUACUCCAUAAAAUAAAUCCUAAUCGUUAUUAUUUAAAAACCUAUUCUCUGAAUAAAUACAAUCCAAUAUUAAGAAACCAAUGACUAAGAAAGUCAUUAAAAUUGACACUGAUCUAAUAGAAAAGGAGGAUUAACAAUAAUAACAGAAUGAAACUCCAACUUAAUUUGCUAAACAAUUAUUCAAUCCUAAAACCCCUACAUCUCCAAAUAGAAAUCUAUUAUUAGCUGAUUUUUUGAAGAAAAAACUUGGAGAGUAAAAGUUCUUGGAUGUUCGCUAGAUUCUUGAAGAGUCAUAGAACCCAAUUCAAUUGUUAGAUUAAAGGGAAAUCAUGGCAAAUUUGAUGGGCGAAGAGAAUUUAGAAUGUGUUAAAGUAUUAAUUAAUUUUACUUUUGUAGAUAUUUAAAAUACUCAUAAGUAAUUGUACCACUCUGCCAGGCAAUCACUUUCGAUAGAUGAAUAAUUAUUAGUUUUUAAGAGAAAAAGUUAGUUCAUAACCAGAUUUAGAUUAGAAUAUCAAGACUAAUAAUUUUUGA